CAUACAAAAUCUCGGCUGGAACGGCUGCAAAAGUUGGUCAAUUUCCGUGGGCUGUUGCGCUAACAACCAUGAGUCGGGAGGAGUAUAACUAUUGUGGCGGAACAAUCAUUUCAGCACGACACAUUCUCACUGCUGCACACUGUAUUAUGGACUAUGAAAGCGAUCGCCUGCCUUGCACGUCCGUUUUUUGUGAUUUUCUGGAAAACUAGCA